UAUUUCCGGGUCCUUACCUUCUGCGUUACGCGGCGCGCUGUAAACAACUCCCCGUGACGAAAUAAACUUUUCUAGUUGCUGACAAUCUCCUCUCCUCUCCGCUGACCCAAAAAUGUGGAAAGUAAAGGCUCUACCGAACAUGUGCACAAGCCCUCUGUUGCAAUCCAGAACAACUUCUUACAGAAACUACUCACCAACAGCUUUGUCAAAAGCAUUUUGUCUCGUGAUUGAUGAGAAUGGGUCAGUUGGGGGUGCUGCGAGGAGGUACGGGGUCCCUGAGUCCACAUUACGGGAUCGUGUUCUGGGGAAGGUUGACCCCGAAGCAACAAGAUCGGGACCAGCUCCUGUGUUCAGCCUCGAAGAGGAGAACAACUUGGUGGACCACCUGAAGAAGAUGGCGCUACUGGGUUAUGGAUAUAGCAGGGCCGAAGUUAUCGAUACAGCCACAAUAUAUGCUGUCAGUCUCAACAAAAGGGACGAAGAUCAUCCACUCAGCCUCAAAUGGUUUCGCAACUUUAUGACCAGAUGGCCUGAGCUGAGUGUCAAGAAGCCACGUAGCCUGGAUCUGUACAGAGCGAAGGCAACCUCUGAAGAAGUAGUGAUGGCAUACUUCGCCAAGCUCGAUGAGGUGCUGACAAAAUACAAAUUGAAGGAUGCACCUGAAAAGGGUCUGAAACAAAACCAUUCCCCACCUUUCAUCGUUGGUUCGUCCUCCUCAUCCACCCCACUUGCUGUGACAAGCGGCAGAGGGAUGACCGUUACCAUCAUCGGUGCUGGGAAUGCUCUGGGUCAGCAAGUACCUCCAUACUUUGUAUUCCCAGGACAACGUAUGAGGCAGGAGCUACUCAAUGGCUGCUUACCUGGAACAGAUGGGACCGUCAGCGAAAGUGGUUGGUCGAAUACUGCUGUCUUCAUGACAUACCUUUCAACACACUUCUUGAAAUAUGUCACUGCGAGCCGAACGGAAGAUGAGCCAAUACUCCUUCUCUAUGAUGGUCAUCGAUCUCACAUCAACCUACCACUGAUUGACUGGGCAAGAGAUCAACACAUCUUGCUCUUUGUCUUGCCUGCACAUACAAGUCACGUCCUACAGCCACUUGAUCUAGCAUGCUUUGGGCCAUUUGAGAAGAUAUAUAAUUCCCUCUGCCACCGACAAAUGCGAGCCAACUCAACGACAGGGAUUGAUAGAUAUUCAGUCUGUGAGAUUGCAUGCAAUGCAUAUACAAAGGCCCUCUCUCCAGAGAACUUAAGGAGCUCUUUCAAGAAAGGAGGGAUUUACCCUUUGAAUAGUGGUGUCGUUGAUCGUGCCAUGUACGCUCCGGCUAGAGCUCUAAACAAGUGCACCUCUAACCCAGCAACAAAAGAAGGGGAUUUCCCCCAAGUAUCGGAGGUUGGCCCGCAAGGUGACCAUUCAUCUGCAGAUGGUGGCCUCCAUGAUGUCAGACCAGAUCUGUUUAAGGAGAGAGAAGACUCGAUCGGACAAAGAAAAAAGGUACAUGUCGCUCUCUUUGCGAUCAUUUUAUAAAAUUUAAGUUUUUAUAACACUAUUUUAAUUCAGGAAUUUUCCCGGCUUCAAUUACCUUGUUUUAUGUCUAUUUUUCUGUGAGGAAAUAAUUGUUUUAUUUGCUGCCUAUGUUUCCUCUAUUGAAAGGUUCCA